GAAAGUGCGCGCUCUUGUUAAAAACGAAGUAAAGUUGACCAUGCACGAUGUUGGAAGGUCUCGUAGCUUGGGUUUUGAACAACUAUCUCGGGAAGUAUGUGGAAAAUCUGAACACCGAUCAGUUGAGCGUCGCUCUGCUUUCUGGCAAAGUAGAGUUAGAAAACCUUCCUCUAAAGAAAGAUGCCUUGAGAUACCUGGGUCUUCCAGUCGAAAUAAAGGCAGGCUUCAUAGGCAAAGUUCAACUACAUGUCCCGGUGCGUCAAAUACGGUCAGCACCAUGGCUUAUUGCCAUUGAAAAGUUAUAUCUAGUGGCGGCUCCAGUUAAUUUAGAUGAGUGGGAUAGCGCAGUCGAGGCGACGAUCGCCCACGAGCGCAAGAUGGCGCUGCUGGACGCACUGGAGGCGCAGUGGCGAGCCGAGCACGAGGCCAGCGACGCCGGAUACUACGCCGCCUCCUACUCCUCCUGGCUGAGCUACGGCACGGGUCUGCUCGCCAAUAUUGUCGAAAAUCUUCAGCUAAAGUUAAACGACGUGCACAUUCGCUACGAAGACGCACUGACGUGUCCGGGCCGCGCCUUCGCGUGCGGGCUGGCGGUGGAGUCGCUGGCGGCGGAGUCGUGCGACGCGGGCUGGCGGCGCGGGUUCACUCCACUCGACGACCCCUGCUCCUUCAAGUUGCUCGAGCUGCACAACCUCGCGCUGUACUGGGAUCCCAUGCCGGUGCCCGCCGGCAUGAUGGCCGACUGCACGGUCGCCGAACUCACCGAGCGCAUGCGGGCCACGUGGUCGGGAGCGCACCGCUACAUGCUGGCGCCCACCACGGCCAGCGCGCGCGUGCGCCGCGAGCGCUGCGAGCUGCCGCUGCGGGACCGCAACCGCCCGCGCCUCGCCUGCCAUCUCACUCUCGACUCGGUGCAGAUGCGCCUCACGGCGCGGCAGUACAGCGAGAUGGCGGGCUGCGCGCGCGGGCUGGAGCGCGUGGCGCGCCUGCGCGAGCUGCGCGCGCUGCGGCCCGAGCGCGGCGUGCGCGGCCACGCGCGCGACUGGUGGCGCUACGCCGUCAAGGCGCAUCUGCCGCAUCACACCUGGAUGGAGGCGCGGCCGACGUGGGAGGAGUGCGCGGGGCGGGCGCGGCUCGUGCGCGAGUAUGUGGAUGCGUGCCUGCAGGUGCUCAGCCAGCCCGCCGCCACGUUGCCGCCGGAGCGCCAGGCCGCCAAGGACGACUUCGAGUGGCGCACGCCGCUUCACGUACUCAAGGCACUGCGGGAGGUGGCGAUACGCAAAGUUCCAGUGUCCACCCCAGUAUCGACUCCUGAGCAGUCGAGCUCGGGCCGCAGCGUGCUGGUGCGUUGGUUUCCGCAGUGGUGGGGUUGGUACGCGACUCCGCCCACUAACGAGCCGCGUCCUCCGAGUCCCACCACCCUCAACGCCACCGCCAGCGUCUCCACCGGUGCGACGGCCACCUCUCGACUCGAAGAUGAAAUUCUCGACGUCAUCGCCGACUCGCUCGACGACAACACAUUACUCAGACGCGACGCUCUUUUCGGACUCUUCGAAUUCACCCUAUCGAAGGGGUCGCUGGACCUCUGCACCGACGCCGAUGAAAAUGCCAGCGCUCCGAGCGGCGCGGCGGAGGGCGAGGGCCUGGAGCUGCAGUUCAGCACGGUGUGCGUGCGCGUGGAGUCGCGGCCCCGCGCGGGCGCGCACGCGCUGCACGUGUCGCUGGGCGGCGUGUGCCUGCGCGACCGCAUCACGCCGCACACGCUGUUCCCCGUGCUGGUGGCGCCGCAGGGCCUCAUCCGCGACGGGCUGAGCGCGGCGGGCCGGCGCGACCCGCACUACGCGCCGCAGCCGCCGCCCGCCGCCGGCGACGAGCCGCUGUUCCAGCUCAGCUACGAGAAGCGGCCCGCCGGGAUCAACUGCGACUACAAGCUGCGCGUGCGCUCGAGUUCGCUGGAGGUGGUGUGGUGCGCGGCGGCGGCGCGCUGGGCGCGGCGCUGGGCGGCGGCGGGCGCGGGCGCGGGCGCCAUCGCGCACGUGCGGCUGCACACGCGCGCCACGCUGCACCACCACUGGGACCGCCUGCUGCACCACACGCGCCGCCCGACCGAGCGUCGCUCGUGGCAGGUCGAGCUGGACAUAUCGGCGCCGCAGAUCCUGUUCGUGGAGGACCUGUGCGAUCGCGACGCGUCGGUUCUCGUCGUCGACUUCGGACGCCUGAAGCUGGCCAAUGCCAACUUGCCCGACGACACCAGCACCAGUACCCUCAAACAACAGUCUCUGGACGACGACGAAGAGAUGUUCAUGACGCCGUGCUCGACGCCGCCCGGCAGCCUGCUGUCGCCCGCGUCGCCGCCCGCGUCGCCGCCGCCGCAGCCCGCGCUGCACCACCACCUGCGCACCAGCCUCUACGACCGGUACAAAAUCGAGCUGAGCGAGCUGCAGAUCCUGGUGGGUCGCGCGCGCGACAACUGGAAGUAUGCGCACACCAAGACCACGUCCGCUCUGCAUCUGCUCGACCGCUUCAGCAUCUCGCUGCAGGCGGAGCGGCGCGUGGUGGCCACGUCGGAGCCGCAGUACCCGCGCCUGGCGCUGUGCGGCUCGCUGCCGGCGCUGGUGGCGCACCUGAGCGAGCACAAGCUGUCGGCCGUGCGCGCCGUGCUGGCCAGCGCCGCGCCCGCCGCGCCCGCCGCGCCCGCUGACGAGGAGGAGGAGGACGGCAAUGAAAACUCGGAAACGGAAUUCUCAGAUUUCUCCUUGAAUCAAAACGCUACCCUGCUCAUGUUACAGUUUGCCAUCGAUCAGAUGUCUCUCGAGGUGCAGUCGCGCGGGCGCAGUAUCGCGGAGGUGCAGGUGUGCGGCGUGCGCGCGGCGCUGGGCGUGCGCGCGGCCGACACGUCGCUGGCGCUGUCCGUGCACUCGCUGCUGCUGGUCGACGCGCUGCAGACCUACGGGCCCGACUUCGAGCUGCUCGUGGCCAGCCACCGGCACGUCGGGAUGGACACAGCGUCGGGCAGCAUCCGCGGCUCGGAGCCGACGUCGCCCACGUCGCCUGCCUCUCCGGACGCGCGCUCACCGCUGCCGCCGCCCACGCCGCUGGCGCUGCACCGCGCGCUGUACUCUCUGCACCACGCCACCAGUGGACUGUCGUCCAAUAAUGCCGAACCGGGACGGACGAGUCCGACCCCGAGCUGGCCGACCGGUCCCAGUUGGAAUACGAGUUAUACCUACGGAACCGCCGGCUCGACCUGGGGAACGAGCUCCUCCGCAUGGGGCCCCGGCGGAACGGGCUGGGGCGCCGAAGGCGCCUCCUGGGGGAACGCCAACGGCUGGGGUGCCCCGGGACUGGUCGACUCCGAGGCCCUGAUAGCCGUGGAGCUCUGUUUCGUGAAAGGCGAGGGCGACUCCGAGGACUUGAGGAUCGCGAAUAUCCUAUUCAACAAUUUGGACGUCAUCGCGAACCAAGAGACCAUAGUGGAGCUGAUCGGGUUCGCGCACCGCGUGUGGGGCCCCGCGCGCCGCGCGCCGCCGCCCGCGCCCGCGCGCUCCGGCGCCGAGCCCGCGCCGCCCGCCGCGCCCGCCGCGCCCGCGCAACGCGUGCGUACGGAGAUCACGUUUGACUUUCAUCGCCUGGGCGUUCUCCUGCUUCGUGCGGGCGUGCGGGACGGCACCGUGGUGGCCAGCAAGAUCGCCACCGCCACCGUCGGCGACGCGCGCAUACAGGCCACGCUCGACGGCGAUCGAAUCGAGGUGGGCGGUUCCCUGGGUGGAGUCCAAGUGAUGUCACUGUCGGAGCGUGCGGGCAUACACACGCGUGUGUUGUCCGCCGGCCGAGCACCCGCCGCGCCAGCGCAUCACGCGCACCAGCCGCCUCGCCCGCCCUCGCACUCCACCAGCGACGAGAAGGCGUUGCUCUUCUCCAUAUCUAGGACUAUAAGACCCGCCACACCGCAAGAUACAAAAGGGGGUGAGGUCGAGGGGGUGGAGGUGGUGGAGGUGCAGGCGUCGGUGCGCGUGGCCAGCGUGUGGUACACGCACUCGGGCCCGCUGCUGCGCGAGCUCCAGUCGUGCGUGGCGGAGUUCCAGCAGUACCUCGCCAACCUGGCGCGCUCCAUCCGUGCCGCCGCCGCCGACAUGGCCAUCGGCCUCGUGCAUCCCAGAGGUGACUCGCUGUAUGCAAACCCUCGUCUGUCUCAGUCGGUCGAAGGGGUCUCGCCCAGGAGACGAACUACGAGCGUGGGCUGUUCGCUCGAUGAGCCCGAUCGUGAUUCGCGGCAGAUCGUUUUUAGCGUGAGCGUGGAGCUGGAGUCGCCCGUGGUGGUGCUGCCCCGCGCGGCUCGCAGCGCGCAGGUGUUCGUGGCGCACCUCGGCCGCAUGAGCCUCAGCAACCGGCCCGGCGCGCCCAGCGACACCAUGUACCGCGUGCGGGUGCGCGACAUAUCGCUGGUCUCUCUGGAUGUGAGCGAUAAACUGCGGAAAGGAAACAUGUCGACCGCGACGGAUAACUUAGCCGAAAUCUACGACGUGACGUGCGGCCUGCCAGUGCUGCACGACAGCGCGCUGCAGCUGACCGUGGCCUUCUACGAGCUGGACGACGGCCCGCGGUGCACGGUGGACGGCAAGGUGGUGGAUGGGCUGCACGUGACGGCCAGUCGGGAACAGUACGAGCAGCUGCUGGAGACGCUGCAGUGGAUCGGCGACUCGGCCGACGUGACGGACGGAGCCUCGCCAGCCGCGCCACCUCCACCCGCACAAGAGACGAGUUCGGUGGUGGAGCCGGCCGUGCCCACGCUGCGCCUGGACCCCGCGCUGCGCGCCGCCGUGCUGGCCGUGCCGCCGCCCGGACAGCCGCCCGCCGCCGCGCACACGCCGCUCGAGGUGACUUUCGAGCUGUCCACGUUCACGGUGGAGCUGCGGGCGGACAUGGGCGCCGGCGAGCGCAGCCUCGUGGCGCUCACCUUCCGAGAGUUUUCGCUGCGCCGCGACCGACUGCACCCGCACGAGUCCACGCUGCAGGUGUCUCUCCACUCCAUUACGAUGGAGGACCUGACGAAGGAUCCCGAGUCGAAGCACCGCAUGCUGAUGGUGUCGCACACGCCGCCCAUGCCGCCCAAGGCCGUGUUCGUGUCCAAGUCGUGCCCCGACUUCGUGACGGAGUUCCCGCACGAGACGGGCUCGCCGCUGCGCCCGCGCCCGCUGUUCUCGUCGCUGCCCGCCGAGCUCAACGUGGUCGAGCGGGUUGACCGAGAGUAUAAGCGUGGCAAAGAGGAAGAAAAGCAAGAGCGUCGUUGUCCCACGCCUCCGAGCUCCCCGGAACGUGGCGCGGGUAUCCCGGGGGGAUUAGUGGGCCCGUCGCACGAUAAUCUCGUUUGGGUGUCUGUGCACACGCGACACCCCGCCCACCCGCACUUCCAUGACGUUUAUAACAAGGUGGCUAAAGUGACCAAAGUGGAAUUUAACUGCCUAAAACUAGUUUUGAGUAUCGACAGCUGGGUGGCCGUGCUCGAUUUCUUCGGUAUCGCGGGCGAGGACUCGAAGCAACGACCGCCCGCGCCGGAGUCGAACCAGACAAAUUCGACCGUGGAAAAUGUCAGCGAGACGCUCGGCGGCACGGACGCGGGUGCCACGGAGACCGAGAUGAACGUGCGGUCGCUGUCGGUGGUGGUGGUGGGCGCGCGCGGGGACGCGUGUCGCGCGCUGGUGUCGCGCGUGCGCGUGCGCGUGCGGGACGAGGCGCGCGCCGCCAGCCGCGACGUGCGCGCCACGCUCGGCGCGCUGGCGCUGGCCGACCUGGCGCCGCGGGCCGUGCUCUGGCGGGAGCGCCUGCGCAUGCGCACCGCUCACGCACUCGAUAUACAUUAUCGAAGAUUGAGUGCCGCGGAGGCGGCGGCGGCGGGGCACGAGACGAGUCUGUCGCUGGAGAUGGGCCCCGUGACGUACGUGCACACGCGCCGCUUCGUGCUCGAGCUGCAGGCCUUCGCUCGAGAUUUCAGCUUGCUGCGGCGCGUUAUCGCGCAGGCUAGACAGAAGGUGACGAGCUCGUCCCGCGAUGCGACUCAGCUGCAGCGCAUGCGCCUGCGCGUGCGCUGCGAGGCGCCCAUCAUCGUGUUUCCUGUCUCGAGCCGCAGUCGCUCCGCGCUGGCGGCCGAGCUGCAACUGCUUCUCGUCGAUAAUUGCUUCCGUCGCGCCGGCGACCCCGACACCGUCAGCAAGCUCGUCGACCCGACCCUAGCGGAGCGCGAGGUGCUGGACGUGCGCUCGGUGCGCGCGGAGGGGCUGUCGCUGUGGUGCGCGCGGGCGGCGUGCGGCGCGGAGGGCGAGCUGUGCGUGCGGCGCCGCGGCGCUCCGCUGCUGCCCGCGCCCACCGCGCUCGCGCUGCAGCUCGAGCGGAACUGCUGCGCCACGCACAACGUGCCGGAGAUGACGGUGCAGGGGCGGCUGGCGACGCUGCGGCUGUCGCUGGACGCGGCGCAGUACCGGCUGGUGCGGGGCGUGCUGGCGCACAACCUGGCGGAGCCGUGCGACGAGCUGCUGCCCCAGGCGACCGCCCCGCCCGCGCCGGCGCCCGUGUGGCGCACGUGGUCGCUGCAGCUGGACCUGCAGGACGUUUGCGUGGAACUCCGCGGGCCGCGGAACGCUCCGCCUCUCGCCUGCAUCAACUUCAUCAAGUCGCGACUCGUCCUGGAGGCUUACUCUGACCUCGCGCAGGAUAUCGACCUAGUGUCGCAGGAGAUCCUGGUGAGCGACACGCGCUACGCGGCCGAGCCCGCCAACCGGCGCGGCAACGUGUUCAGCCACAUCGUGCAGCCCAUGCCCGACCACCGCCACAGCGUGCAGGCCGAGGUGCACGCCAGGAAACGGCAAGACUCGUCGGCGUACACGAUACUCAUCAACAAUAUGCGUCUGAUGGCGAUCCUAGAUUGGUGGGAGGCCGCUAACCAGUUCAUCAUGCAGUCGCCGCCGCCGCCCGCUGACCCCGACCUGCAGCAUCUGGAGGACACUGCGGAUGGUGCUCAGGGAGCUGUGCCGCCCGUCGCAGAGGGCGCUGUCGAGCUAAAACUGAACAUUACUGACUCGCAGCUCGUGCUGGUGGAGGACGCCUCCCUGUGGGACACCAACGCCGUCAUACUGAAGAGCACGACCGUGAUCACAUACCGGCCGGCGGACGCGGCAAGGCCCGUUCUGUGCGAGCUCAACGAGCUGGAGCUGUUCUCCUGCGUGCUGGGGCUGGAGGAGGAGACGGCGCUGUCCAUCGUAGAGCCCGCCGCGCUGCACGCCGCGCUGCGCAGCGACGCCGUGCUGCAGAUCGCCCUGGGCACCUUGAAUCUGCGCCUCUCCUACCACGAUAUGCGCAUGUUCGCUUCCAUGCUACAGUCGCUCCCGGCGCAGGCUAGAGCCGCUCUCUCAGGUAAAUCCGAGGAGGAGCCGGCCGACGCGCCCGCCAACAGCGUGCGCAUGCGCAGCGCGGCCGAGCGCGUGUGCGGCGCGCGGCCGCGCUGGCUGCGCGCCGCCCCGCCCGCGCGCGCGCCGCCGCUCGCCAAGCCCGCCUUCUGGCCGCUGCGCGCCGUGCAGGUCGAUGCGGAGUGCGUGACGCUGUGCGUGAUAGACGACUGCCUGGACUCCGACGUGCCGCUUCUGGAGGUGUCGUUGAACGACUUACACUUGGAGCAGGACUUGCGCAAGGUGGAGGAAUCGUUCGAGGACCCGCUGCUCGUGUCGACCCCGUCGAGCGGCGCCGGCGCGAUGGUGGUGGCGGGGAGCGCGGGCGAGAGCGGGGCCCGUGUGGGGGCGGGGGGCGGCCGUCUGCGCGCGCAGCUAAGCGCCGACUACUACAAUCGCAUACUCUCCGGUUGGGAACCCGUCAUCGAGCCGUGGAGGUUCGAGAGUCGCUGGGAGUACACGCUGUCGAGCGGGCUGUCGCUGGCGCGCGUGCAGCUCGACGUGCGCUCGGCGGACGCGCUCGACACCAACCUCACGUCCGCGCUCGUGGACCUCGUGCGGCUCGUGCGCACCAACUGGACCGCCGACUACUACGCGCCGCAGACGGCGACGUCGGAGCAGUCUCCCAAAAGUAGCCCGGCGGGACAUCGACGACGAUCACCCUUCGUACCCUAUGCGCUCCGGAACCUCACCGGGCAACGACUGUGGUUCACUACACUCACGACCGCUUCGGACGAAGUGCGCGAGAGCGGCGAGGGCGAGCGGCGCGGGCCUCCGGACGACUCGUGGGUGUGCGUGCGCGCGGGCGACACGGAGCCCUUCUCGUUCGGCGCGCGGCGCGGGCGCGCGCGGGACGCGCAGCACGCGCCCGCGCCGCUGCACCGCCUCGUGCUCAGCGUGGACGGCUGGGCGCCGCCCGACCCCGUGUGCGUCGACCGCGUCGGCGUCUUCUUCAGGCACAUCACGCACGCGAAGUCCGGAACGGAGGCGCGCCUGGUGCUCGAAGUGUCGUUGGAGGGCUCGGCGCGCAAGCUGGUGACGGUUCGGUCGGCGCUGCAGCUGAUUAACAAGCUGCCGCACCCCGUUGAGCUGCGUCUCGACCGCGCGCCCGCCGCAUCGUCCGGCCCGUGGAGCGGCGGCGGCUCGCGCAGCGCGCAGGUGGCGGCGGGCGCGCGCUGGGCGGCGCCGCUGGCGGCGCGCGCGGGCGCGGUGUGGGCGCGGCCGCUGGUGCGCGCGCAGACGGCGCCGGCGCCCGUGCUGGCGCCCGCCGCCGUGGACUGGCGCGCCGCCGCGUCGGCGUCCGAGCGCGCUCUGCUGCACAUCGAGUGUCGGGCGCCGCACGACUACGUAUAUAGGUUUUGCUGCGCGAUAGUGCGCGAGCGGUUCCCGCCGGACCGCGGCGAGCUGCUGGCCGGACACACGCUGACGCUGGUGCCGGCGCUGCGGCUGGAGAACUUGUUGCCGUUGGAGCUGCAGUACCGCGCCGACCACGUCUCGGGCACGCUGGCGCCCGCCGGCACGCAGCCUUUCCACCAGGUGAACGUCGAAGAAGGUGUGGAGCUGUGCGUGAAACUCGAAGGGUUCGCCUGGUCGACUGCGCUGAGCGUGGGUGGCACCGUCAAUGCGGGGUCAUUCUCUGCGCGGCUGAAACUGCGUGACCUGCGGGGGCGCAGACUGUAUCUCAAUGCGAGAGUCACCGUCAAGAAAACCGACGGAAUUAAGGUGUCGGUGUCGGCGGCGUACUGGCUGGUGAACCGCACGGGACUGCCGCUCGUGUUCCGCGCGGAGGGCGGCGGCGAGGCGGCGGGGCAGUUCGCGGAGCACGAGCUGGCGCGCAUGGUGGCGCCGCUGCCCUUCGCCUUCGCCGACGGCGACGGGCCCACCAUCAGCGCGCGCCUGGGCUCCGGCCUGGCCGCCUCCGCGGAGUGGUGCUCGCCGUUCGGGCUGGGCCCCGGCGUGACGGUGAAGCGCCUGGAGAGCCGCGGCGGCGAGGGCGAGCGCUCGUUCGCGGUGGGCGUGUCGGUGCGGUCGGGCCGCGGCCGCUACCGGCGCACCAACAUCGUCACGCUCACCCCGCGCUACCAGCUCCACAACAACACGCCGCACUGCCUGCAGUUCGCGCAGAAGUGCACCGCGACGACGCUCAACGACCCCGGCGCCAUAGCGACGCACGUGUCGGCGGUGCCGGGCUGCUACCUGCCGUGGCACUGGGCGCGCUGGGAGCGCGAGCAGCUGCUGUGCGCGCGCGUGCUGGCCGAGCCCGCGCGCCCGCACGCCGACACGCGCGCGCUCACCGCCUGGUCCGGCGGGUUCCGCAUCGACGCCGCCAGGAGUCUGCACGUCGCGUGCCGGGAGAGCGGCGGCUCGUACCAGCUGCUGCGCGUGGAGGUGGUGGCGCAGGGCGCCGCGCUGCUGGUGGUGCUGAGCGCGACGCGUGCGGAACCGCCCCCGCUGCGCAUCGAUAACUUCUCGCCCGUCGCCAUCAUGUUCCACCAGGUGGGCUGCACGGAGGAGUGCGUGGUGGGCGCGGGCGGGCGCGCGCGCUGGGCGCUGCCGGAGCCCGAGGGCGCGGCCGCGCUGGCGCUGCGCGCGCCGGGCGGCCCGCGCCUGGCGCUGCCGCUCGCCGCGCUGCACGACGAGCACACGCUGCUCUACCAGAACUUCAUCUACGUGGCCUUCGCCGCCACCGCCACCGCCGCCGCCGCCGCCACCGGCGCCAGUGACGGUAAACAAGAGGGCGGCGCUGGCGAGGACGAGGGAGUCCUAGUCCUCGAGGUGCCUAUGGGUUCGACUCGCGUACAGCUGGCACGGAAGCGUUAUGGAGACAGGAGUCAGCUGUGGCGACGCGGGCCGGGCUCGCAGCUGCUGCACGAGGGCAGCUCUCCGCCGCAACCCACCGACGCACUCAGCGACGACUGCACGCUCUCGCCGCACGCCAUGGUGCUGGACAUCGAGGAGGCGGCCCCGCGGCCGGGCCGCGCGGCGGCGCUCGUGCUGCGGCGCGCGGACCCGCGGCGCGCCUCCACGCAGGCGUGGCGCCUCGUGCCCGCCGCGCACGCUCCGCUCGCGCCGCACGCCGCGCACGCCGCGCACGCCGCGCACGCCACGCGCAUGGCCUGCGCGCACGCCAACCUCUGCGUGCAGCCCGAGAACGGCCUCAUGGGACUCGCGCCCGGCGGGCGCGUGGUGCUGGGCCUGUCGGGCCCGUGGGCGGGCGCCGUGCCGCCCGAGCACGCGCUGCAGUGGCGCACGCUGCGCCCGGGCUCCGGCCGCCUCACCGUGUCGCUCGACGCCGACGGGCCCACGAGGCUCGUGCGCAUCCGGGACCAGGCGGACCCCGUGACAGGAACGCGCGAGCGUGGAGGCGGGCUCGCGCGAGGAGGAGGCACGCGCGAGUGGGGGCUGUCGGUGUCGCUGGCGAGCGUGUCGCUGUCGCUGGUGGCUCGCUGGCCGCCCGCCGAGCUGCUGUUCGCGCAGUUCUCGCGCCUGCGCCUCACGGCGGCGCGCGCCCCCGGCAGCGCGCACCUCGCGCUGUCCGUCGACUCCAUGCAGUGGGACAACCAGCUGACGAGCACGCCGAGUCCGGUGCUGCUGCACUGCCUGGACGACGGCGCGUCGGUGCCGGCGCUGCACGUGUCGCUGGAGCUGACGGCCGCUCCUCCGCACUACAACGCGGUGUACUUCACGCACCUGAUCGUGGCGCUGCGGCCGGUUGCCGUGCGACUGGACGAGAGAUUGAUCCUGCUGGUGUGGUCGUGGGUGGAGGGCGGUGGCGAGGCCCCGGAGGGCGCGGAGGCGGCGGAGGAGCCCGACGAGGCGGAGUACGAGACACGACGCGUCCUUCACGAGCUCACUGCGCUGCAUGCAACGAGAUACUACUUUGCGCUCAUCAAGAUAAUACCCAGUCAGAUCCGCCUGUCGAUGUUCACGGCGAACAAGCUGGAGGGCGAGCUCAGCGCGUUGAAGCGCCGGCUCGGGCUCACGUUCAUUCGCUUCGAGGACGCGGCCGUGGAGCUGGAGCCCUUCGUGCGCACGCACGCCUUCGACAGCGCCGCCGGCCUCGCGCGGCAGCUGCUGCAGCACUUCAAGGACGAGUUGAAAUGGCAGGCGGCAAAGAUUUUGGGGUCAGUGGACUUCCUCGGUAAUCCGUUGGGCUUCGUGGCGGACGUAUCCGAAGGAGUAUCGGGAUUGCUGCUCGAGGGAAACGUCGGGGCUCUGUUCAAAAAUGUCACCCACGGAAUAUCUAACUCUGCCGCCAAAGUCACAGAAACCUUGGGAGACGGGCUGGAGCGCGUGGUCGGCGACGAGGCGCACGAGGAGACGCGCCGCCGCAUCCGCUCGGCCGCCGCCGGCGCGCACCUCGCCGCCGGCUUCCGCGGCCUCGGCCUCGGCAUACUGGGCGGCAUGACGUCGCUGGUGAAGCACAGCUACGAGGGCGCGGCGGCCGAGGGCAUGGCGGGCUUCCUGGCCGGCGUCGGCAAGGGGCUCGUGGGCACCGUCACCAAGCCCGUGAUCGGCGUGCUGGACCUGGCGGCGGAGACGGCGGCGGCACUUCGCGAAACGUCGCGACGUUCGGGCGGGGCCCCCCGACGCGCGCGGGCCCCGCGUCUGGCGGCGGGCGGAGCGGGGGGUGCGGCGCCGCUGCCGCGGUACUGCCCCGCGCUGGCGGAGGGCGCGGCGCUGCUGCUGGCGCUGCCGGCGCGCGAGGCCGACGAGCGCUUCCUGGCGUACCGUACGGUGCGCGACACGCCGCACGACAUCCGCGCGCUGCUCUCCGACACGUACCUGCGCAUCGUCACGUGCAAGCACGGCCCGCCGCAGGUCGUCAUGGAGACGCAUCUCAGCAACCUGGUGUCGUGCACGGCGGUGCUGGCGGAGGGCGCGUGGUUCGUGGAGCUGGGCGUGCGCGGCGCGGGCGCGGGCGCGGGCGAGGCGCUGCGGCGGCCGCGCGUGCAGUGCGACAGCGGCGAGCUGGCCGGCUGGCUGGCGCGCCACGCCGCGGCGGCGCGGCAGCUGCACCACGACCGGCGCCACACGCUGCUGCCGCACGCCGACCUGUAG